CGGCUAUCAUUGCAUUCCCGUUCAGUGUUAUGUAAAGCGUGAGCUCCUCGGUGGGAUCGUCAGGGGAAGUUUCUGCUUCAAUUGUGGUUGAGCAGUUCGAGAAUGUUGGGAAUCUUCAGCAGCUCCAUCGUCUCGCCGCCGGACGAGCUCGUCACCGCCGGCAACCGCACGCCGUCGCCCAAGAUCACGGCGGCCGCUUUGAUCAACCGCUUCGUCCAGACCCACGCGUCCGCGGUUUCACUGCAGAUCGGAGAUCACGUGCAGCUCGCUUAUACUCACAGCAACGAGACGCCAUGGCAGCCCAGGUCAUUUGCGGUGAAGGACGAGGUAUUCUGCUUAUUUGAAGGAGCUCUGGACAACUUGGGCAGCUUAAAGCAACAAUAUGGACUGGGCAAGUCUGUCAAUGAGGCGGUUUUGGUCAUUGAGGCCUACAAAGCGUUACGUGAUCGAGCGCCCUACCCGGCCAAUCAUGUUGUAGCCCAUCUCAGUGGGAGCUUCGCUUUCAUCGUUUUUGACAAGUCCACUUCAACUCUCUUUGUGGCUUCCGACCGAUUGGGUAAGGUUCCUCUGUAUUGGGGAAUUACAGCUGAUGGAUAUGUAGCAUUUGCCGAUGACGCAGAAUUGCUGAAAGGUGCCUGUGGCAAGUCACUUGCUUCUUUCCCUCAAGGAUGUUUCUACUCAACAGCAAUUGGAGGAUUGAGAUCCUAUGAGAAUCCUAAGAACAAGAUAACUGCAGAGCUUGCAAAGGACGAGGAAAUCUGGGGGGCAACCUUCAAGGUGGAAGGGUCAGCAGUUGUUGCAGCUACAGAAUAGAAGAUCUAUUUUUCAAAUGAGGAACUGUAUGAUCCUGUGGAAUGUAAUGAGGUUGUGGUGAUAGAAGUGGGACAAGUAUUUAAUAUAUUAGGGGCUUUAUUAUUCUCCUUUGGUUCCUUUGUUUAGAUUAUGACGACAAAAAAAAGAAAAGAAAAAGAAAAAACAAGUUCCUCAUUUAGAUCGGAUUUGCCUUGUUCCUAUCAUUGUACAGCUGCUCUUUUCACUCUAAUAAAAUAAAUUAUGCAUCUGCUCUGUGAUUCUC